CAACUUUUUUCCCUUUCCAUGUGGAUCUUUAUCAAUUAAUUUAGUUAAUUGGUCUUCUUGGUUUAACCUUUUUUUUACUUUCUAAUUUAACUCAAUUUCUGGUAAUUUACCUUUUUUAUUGUCUCGUGUCCAUCGUUAAUUGACUUGGUAAAAAUGCCACCAAAAAAGAAGGAAGAAGAACCUAAACAAUUGCUUCUCGGUCGUAUGGGAACUAACCUUAAAUGUGGUGUUGUUGGACUGCCAAAUGUUGGAAAGUCAACUUUUUUCAAUGUUUUAACCGCUUCUCAGGUGAAAGCGGAAAACUUUCCCUUCUGUACCAUUGACCCCAACGAGUCUCGUGUUCCCGUUCCUGAUGCUAGAUUUGAUUAUCUUUGUGAAUACUUUAAACCAGCCAGCAAAGUACCAGCUUAUUUAAAUGUGGUUGACAUUGCCGGUCUGGUUAAGGGAGCUUCGGAAGGAAAAGGAUUGGGAAAUGCUUUUCUUUCCCAUAUUAAAGCUUGUGAUGCUCUUUUUCACCUUUCCAGAGCCUUUGAGGACGAUGAUGUUAUCCAUUAUGAAGGUGAUGUUAAUCCAGUUCGCGAUAUCGAGAUAAUCAAUGAAGAACUUCGACUCAAAGAUGUCGAAUACUUGGAAUCUCGAUUGUCCCAAGUGGAACGAACGGUUCUUCGUGGUGAUAAAACUCACAAAGCUGAAUAUGAUGUUCUGAUGAAAAUCAAAAAGCUUUUGGUUGAUGAACAAAAACACGUUCGUUUUGGUGAAUGGGACGCUAACGAUAUUGAAGUUCUUAACAAGCAUCUUUUCAUCACCUCAAAACCAAUGAUUUACCUGGUUAAUCUGUCAGAAAAAGAUUACAUUAGAAAGAAAAAUAAAUGGCUCCUCAAAAUCAAGGAAUGGAUUGAUGCUCAUGAUGCUGGAGCCGUUCUUAUACCCUUUAGUGGUGCUCUGGAGAUGAAACUGGUUGAAAUGCCAGACGAUGAAAGGAAAAGAUUUCUCGAUGAAAACAAAUGUACAAGUGCACUGGACAAGAUCAUCGUAACUGGUUAUAAAGCUUUGCAGUUGUGCUACUUCUUCACUGCUGGAGCUGAUGAAGUGAAAGCCUGGACAAUACAGAAAGGAUUCAAAGCACCUCAAGCUGCUGGAAGAAUUCACACCGAUUUCGAGAAGGGUUUCAUCAUGGCUGAAGUAAUGAAAUUUGACGAUUUCAAACAAGAAGGUUCAGAAGCUGCUUGCAAGUCGGCCGGUAAAUAUCGUCAACAAGGACGUGGUUAUGUGGUUGAAGAUGGCGAUAUAAUACUAUUUAAAUUCAAUGCUGGAGCUGGAUUAUCAUCUAAAAAGAAGUGAUUGGAAAAAUGAUUACAGGACGAUGCAACUCGAUCAUGAUUGUUGUGUUUUGUACUGCUGGUUACAUCAAAAUCAAUGUUAUUAGAUUAUCUUGUAAAGGCUGAAAACACUGAAUAACACUUUAUAUUAUCAAAGAAAAA